AUGUCUGCCCAGCGGAUUGGCAUUUUUACCAUCGACUUCCCGGAUCCGCUCGUGAUCGACUACGAUAACAACCAGUUCAUCACCCUCAACGACUCCGUCUCGUUCCAGUAUCGCAUCCUCAACAACAUCCAGACCCUGUCCACCAAGGGCGUCGACAGCAACCAAGACCCCUACGGCAUUCUCUACGUCCCCGAUGUCAGCACAGAUAGUUGUAGGGAACAGGAACGACUUCACGUGCCCGAGAAUGCGACGCGGAUAGCGAAUCUGCCCACCGACAAGGACUACGCCCUCAUCGCCGUUGCGCCCUGGUUCUCGGCGCAAUGUACGACGGAGUACUUCGCCGCCGCGCGCAACCAUCCCACCAAGGCUUUUCUCACAUACCAGCCAGGCGACACGAACGCCAAGCCCCCAGUGCUGAACGAUGCCUCGUGGAACCUUCAGGAUGGCGGUAGUUGGCAGACGGCUAACGACUUUCCCACCUACGCCCUGUCGUCAAUAACGGGCAACAAUAUCAUGGAUCAGCUGAACGAGUACUCUGGAAAUCUCAGCUCAGUGCCCCAUGCCGCCGAACUGUCACAGAUCUACAACUCGUCCGACUAUGUGCGGCUAUGGGCAACCGUCAGUACUGACUCCGGUGGCCAGCUCCCAAGUCUAUGGGUUUUCCUCGUCAUCGUACUCGCAAUCCUCCUCGUCGCUGUCAGCAUCACCUCCCUCAUCAUGCACAUUAUCCAACGGAGACGGCGCAACGAUCUCCGCGAGCGCGUUCUCAACGGCCAGGUUGACCUCGAAGCGUUGGGCGUCAAGCGCCUGACAGUCUCGCAACAAGUUCUUGACAAACUUCCCAUACACACCUACACUCCUCCUGCCACUGCGAGUGAGCCCGAGAAAGCGACCACACUCCAGCCGCCGAAUCAAACACUAGGAAUGCUACAUGCCGCUGUAGAUGCGGAAACUGGACACAAAGGGGCUCCGUUAUCCCGUCGCUCAUCUGCACCCACAGUGCCCACAUCUGGCGUGUCGGCCGCGUGGUCUCAGCCUACAUGUCCAAUUUGCAUGGACGAUUUCGAAGCCAACGAGACUCAAGUGCGGGAGCUUCCAUGCCACCACAUUUUCCACCCCGAAUGUAUUGAUACCUUCCUCCUCAGUCACUCUUCGCUGUGUCCUAUGUGCAAGCAGACCGUAUUGCCUGCUGGCGCUUGUCCGGUCAAGAUCACCAAUGUCAUGGUACGGCGAGAGCGCCAUAUCAACCGCAUGCGGGCGCGCAGUGCACAUACAGCGAGCGCCCAACCAAGCUCUGCAUCCACAGCACCAGCACCGCCAACUCGACCGCCGGUGGCUUUUGGGUCGCUUGGUAGCAGGAUAGGCGGUGCCAUAUCUGGACGGCGCAUCUUCAGUGCGCCUGUGCGCACGCAAUCACGACCACACGAUAUCGAAAUGGCAACCACACCGCCACCAGAUGCCCCGACGCAUCACCAAUCGACCAACGCGCAACCUUCACAAACCACGCAAGACUGCAGUCCCACACAAAACAGACGAGAAUGGGCACGGCAACGAGCAUUGGCUAUGCUUGGUCCGCGUCAUGCACCGGCUAGUGAUGUGGAAGAAGAAGAGAGCAUUCCGAGGUGGCGGCGGGUGUUCCGCAAGGUCUUUCCAAGUUAA